AUGUAUGCCGAUGACGUUUCCGACGAAGCUUCCUCUAUUGAAUCCUUUCAAGAUGAUUUGCUUGGUGAAAUUGAAAAAGCAAUCGCUCUCAAAUGCAAAGAUUUCGUUAACCAAGGUCUUCUCAAACCUAAUCCCGCCAAAGAGGAUAUUAUCGAAGUCGUUCACGAAAAGCUUCAACCAUAUCAAGUCGACAAUUUAAAAGAAAUCAAGCGCCUCAAGGGAUUUAUAGUGAAUUAUGAUGAAACUCCGGGAGAUUUCACCGAAGAUGGUAAUUUAGGUUCUAAUUCUGAUUCUUUAUUUGAUUUAGCUUUUGAUAGUUUAAUGAAUAGUAAGAAAUCUAGAAUAGUUGAACCUAGGUUUCAAAUGACUUUAGUUGGGAUUUUAGAUGAGAGUAAAGUGGUUCCCGUUUCGGUUUACGAGAAUUUAGAAGUUAGAAUUAGUGGAAUUCAACAUGAUUCUAGGCUAUAA